AUGAGGCGUGCGCCAGCCGCCGAGCGCCUCUCGGAGCUGGGCUUUCCCCCGCGGCGCGGCCGCCAGGAGCCGCCUUUUCCGCUGGGUGUCACUCGGGGGUGGGGAGGAUGGCCCGUUCAAAAGCGCCGCGAGGGGGCCCGGCCAGUGCCCUUCAGUGAGCGCUCGCCAGAGGACGGCCGAGGCCGGGCAGCUCGCGGCCCCGGGACCUGGAGGCGCAUCAGGACGCGGCUGUCCCUGUGCCGGGACCCCGAGCCGCCGCCGCCGCUCUGCUUCCUGCGCCUGAGCCUCCUCUGCGCGCUCCGGACCGGCGGCCGCGGGAGCCGCUGGGGCGAGGACGGCGCGCGGCUGCUGCUGCUGCCCCCAGCCCGGGCCGCUGGAAGCGGAGAGGCCGAGCCGAGCAGCGGAGAACCCGCUUAUGCCGGGAGGAUGCUGGAGAGCAGCGGGUGCAAAGCGCUGAAGGAGGGCGUGCUGGAGAAGCGCAGCGACGGGCUGCUGCAGCUCUGGAAGAAGAAGUGCUGCAUCCUCACCGAGGAGGGGCUGCUGCUCAUCCCGCCCAAGCAGCAGCAGCAGCAGCCGCAGCCACCGCCGCCGCCGGGGCAGGGGGCGGCCGACCCGUCCCAACCCAGUGGCCCCGCGGUCGCCGGCCUGGAGCCGCCGGCCAAGCUUAAGGAAUUGCACUUUUCUAACAUGAAGACCGUGGACUGCGUGGAGCGCAAGGGCAAAUACAUGUACUUCACGGUGGUGAUGGCGGAGGGCAAGGAGAUCGACUUUCGGUGCCCCCAGGACCAGGGCUGGAACGCCGAGAUCACGCUGCAGAUGGUACAGUACAAGAACCGUCAGGCCAUCCUGGCCGUCAAGUCCACGCGGCAGAAGCAGCAGCACCUGGUCCAGCAGCAGCAGCAGCAGCAGCAGCAGCAGCCUCCACCCCCGGUCCCCCAGAUCCAGCCUCCACCCCAACCCCAGUCUCAGCCUCAACCCCAACCCAAGCCUCAGCCUCAGUCACUCCACCCUUACUUACAUCCUCAUCCACACGUGCACCCCCACCCGCACCCGCACCCGCACCCCCACCCGCACCAACUACAGCACCAGCACCAGCCGCCACCGCUCUCGCAGCCGCAUGGCCACCGGCUGCUCCGCAGCACCUCCAACUCCGCCUGAAGGCGGCAGCACCCGGGCCAGACGCGGUUUGGAGGACUUGAGGAAGUGGGGCGAUAGCAUUCGAUGGUCUUCCCUUGGAUAAAAAACAACAACAAAGCAACAACCAAACCCCAACAACAAAAAACCCCAACAACAAAUACAAAAAAUCUUGUAAAACUGUCUCCCCGUCCCACCUUGAUCGAGAUGUUUGGAUGUCACGUGACCGAUUCCUUAGAUGUCUGCACAUUCUUCAUCACAGGACGGGAAAGGAUGUUGGAGUCAAGAAGACUUUAUUUAUGAACCUCUGAAAGGAUAUUCGUACGAACGUAGUGGACCUUCUAGGAGCGACGGUGUACUGUAAUUUUAUUUAAAUGUAUGUUUUGGUUUAUGAUUAUUUAUUAGUUUUUUUAAAGACCUGUUCUAAGACAUUUCUGAAUGUAGGGCAUUUUUAAAACACACGCACACGCACACACACACACACACGCACACAAACUUUCUUUUCAGAAACCAGAAUAAGUUCCAGUUUUGCAAAAAGAAACAAGAGAAAGGGGUGGUGGUGAGGAAAACAUUAAGACUCCAUUCAAUAUUCCUAGCGCAUUUUUCAGAAGACCUGGUGCUUUCAUUGUUAAACCAGGUGGUGAUACUUUUUUUAUAGUUUUUUUUUUAGAUAUAUGGAUAAGUGUAUAGAGAAGUUUUUAAAAACUCAGAAUUGUACAAUUAUGGAAAUGUAGCAUUCAAGAUAAUGUUUUUCUUAAAGGAAACCAGUAUUAAUGAGACUUGAUUUCAAAGUAUUUUGAAACAUAACCCAACUGAUAGAUAGCAGGAUGAUUAUACUUGGAUUAUGUGGUAGGGCUGGUAUAUCACCUGUGUGUUGCAGACCCUGAGUUCAAUCCCUAGCACCUCUCUCCCAAGGGACUGUUUUUCAUUGAUCAUAAAUAUAAAUGCAUAAGUAUCUCAGUUCAGAAAUGAAGGGGAUCAUUUAAUUUAAUCAAGUAUUUGCCUAUCAAGACUUCCCUUUAACCAAGAUUUUUGCACACUAGACUUGAACACCAUUUUCUGAUCCUUUUUACUUUGUCCUAGAAACACACUAAUAAGUCUCGUCGUUGAUUCAGCAUACAGUUUGUAGCUAUUUCUGAAAACUAAGCGUUAUAACUUUUGUCUUUAUACUGAAAAUAAUGUUGCAUAGAGAAACCAACGUUUUUUUUCUCUUUAUUGCUCUGAGAAAUUUGAGGGUUGUAUGUUUUACUUAGAUUGCUAAAGUCCAAUUGUAAAAGGAAGGACUGGAUAAACACUGGAUUUUCAGUAAGAAAACAACCCCAGUCUUGUUUUUAGCAGCCACUUGUUUAGGCGUCUGAAGGGCGGGGGAGGAAAAAGGAUGUGCUUUUAAAGGUAGAACAAACCCUCUUCUGUGUUAAAUCAAAGGGAUGGUCAAAUCCACAAGGACAGAUGCUACUUUAACUGUAUAUGGAACCACAAAUGAUACCCAAUCCUCCUGGGGCUACAAAUCACUUCCUAUCUGCAUGGCUUUUCUAAUGGGUUUCUGUUUCCCAUUAUCUUUUUCACAGGGUCUUGGUCAGUAUUUUUCCAGUAUCCAAAUUGAACCAAUCACUAGUAGACCAUUGUUAGGUUAUGUGGUCAAGAAAUGAAAAUAGAAUUUCCUGCUGGAAAUGUCUUUAUUCUCCCAUAUAGAAAGAAGUAUUAAUGAACUUUGAGAGAUUCAAUUUCGAGAUCAUAAUGCAUCCAAAACUUUGCAGGGGAGUACUAAAAUGUAAGCAGAAGCUGUAAAGUGGACUUCUGCUUCUGGGAACUGUUUACAUUGCAGUUGUAAAAAUAGGCUGCCAAGAUGUAAAAAUCUAGUAUUUGUAUAUGACAGCUUGGAGAGUCAGUUUGAAAAAUCCUUUGUUAAGUUUGCCUUGACUUCCUUAGAACUUUUGCUCUCUUUCAGUGAGUGUUCCAUACUAUUUUAGUUUUAAUACAUGCUAUUAUUCUAAUUCCCAAUUCUUUCCAAACGGAGGAUUUUUUUAAUUCUGAAUUCUUGUGCUGUAUAAACAUAAAACCCAUAGCAAAUAAUUUGAAAUAUAUCUAUAUAGAGAGAGAUAAGUAUAUAGAUAUACAAGUAUAUAGAUAUACCCAGACGCCCUUUUAAAUGCUGGCAGUCAUGGCUCUUAACAGGGCAAUCAGAAUCUUUUUUUUUUUUACUUUGUCCGUAGUUUUUGUUCUGCUGUAACAUUUAUGUUGAAUUGACCUGUCUUUCUAGUCUAAACCUCCUUUAAACUGCCAAAUUUGAAACUUCAAAUAGAAAAGAGUAGGGUGGUUUUUGUUAUUUUGACACUUUGAAAUUACUAUAACGUAAUCAUUUUCCAGAGCAAAUGACCAUACAUGCUUAAAAAAACUAAUAAAACAAAAUACAAAUACACAUCUGUAGUAUCUUGCUGGCUCUACCUAUUUAAAAAAAAAAAAGAUACAAACCCCCUGAACUGACAAAGUCAGCUUCAAGAAACAAGAUGAAAGAAUUUUAACCCCAGAAAAGAAACAAAAGGGCAAGUCCCAAGAGAAAACCUACCCCUUAAACAAACAAACAAACAUAGACUGUAAAAGGUUGAAAAGUUAAAAGGAAUACUCAUCCAUCUGGAAAGUGAACUUUCAUCCUUGAACUUGUGUUAGUGCCCUGCCUCCUACACAGUCUGCUCAAUAACUAUUUGUUAGGAUGAAUGAAAGGAAGAAAAAAAUGUUUCUUUCUCUUCCUCAAUGAGUAUUUCCUUUUAGGCUUUCAUGUUUCCUGAGAACAACUAAUUCUGGGACAGGCUAAGCAUCAUGAAGUUCUUUAAACUUGUUUUCUUAGCAGAAAUCCAGUUAGAUCUGCUUAUGCCCGAGGUCAGAUAGUAAAUGUCUGUGAAGGAACCAUUUUAAAAUGAGCAUUCCAGCAAGCUGGAAUUCUCUGAUCAUCGUAUGAAUUAAGCCAACUUCCUCAUUUUAUAACUCACAUUUUUCCCACUGAUGGCUUAAAAAAAAUCUUACACAUUGCUCAAAAGAAUUUCUCUUGCAUGUAAACACUUAGGAAAUCUGGCUUAAUGUACUCUCAUAUAUCAAACACCCCAUUUCGCCUCAUUUUCAAUCUGACACAAGUUUGCUGUUAGUGUGUGAGUUCAAACAUCCCUGUUUGUGUCCACAGGGAACAUGAAAUGGUUUAAUUUGACUGCAGGUGUUAAUCAUUGAGGGAGCAGACUCAGAAAAGGGAUUUAGGAUCUGGUGAACAUAUACUAAUUCUAAAGAUCUUCCAAAGAGCUUCAUUGAACAAGGAUGGGCCUGUGAGUAUGUUUUGUUUGUUGUAUCAAAGAAUGUGUUCUUGUUUUACCAAGAAACACUGUCCACAGAAUAACAUUGAAAUUUGGAUUUGGUAGAUCAUGCUAUGGAAGCCAUGUGAUUCUCUCAAGAGAAAUAUUCUUAUUUAAAAAGCAACCUAAUACAUCUUAAUUGUGGAAGUGCGUUGAGUGGGGUUUAAAAAAAAGACUAUUUUCUAUUUCUUGACCCAGUUUUGAAGUCUGACACUUAAUCUGUAGUAUUUUAUGCCAAUCCAGAUUUAUAUAAAAUCCAGUAACACAGUCACCUUUGACUUUGUUGACAGGAGACGGAAAUGCUUUGGGCUGGGGGGAUAGCUGAGUGGUGGAGUUCUUGCCCAGCCUGUGUGAGGCCCUGGGUUUGAUAACCCUUCGGUCCGGUCCGUCUCAAAAGGAAUUCUUGUUGAAGUCAUCAGAAACAUCUCCAUAGAGGGGAGGGGAGUCUGCUCCCCAGUACUCUGAAUCUGGAUGAGUGGGAAGAGGGUCUUUGCAGAAAGAUCAAACUAUUGUCUAUUAACAUCCUGUGGUCAGCCUCUACUUCAAGUUUCACAAUAUGUAUCACCAUGUACAAAAUGCUUUACAGAUGAUUGUAGCAUGGUCAGAAUUUGUGUAAAUAGGUCUCUUAAAUGAUUUUGGAGAGAUGUGAUUUAUUUUUCAUAUUUUCAAAAUGCAUUCCAUUUCAAAUAAAGUAUCUAUUGAGAUGA